UUGCAAUUUUAUUAAAUUUAUUGUGACGUUCAAACGAGAUACUUCGUGCUAAGUAUCUAAAUUUUCGUAUGAACAAAUAACGGCAACACAGCGAAGAAGACAGGUGUAUCGUGGGUCCGAAUGUUGGCGUCUUAUUGUCUGGUUCUUCUGUUCGAGCAGGUCGAGGGUUCGAGAACCGAGUCUGCGAGACCUCGUCUUAUUGUUAGACCCUCCUGAACCGACCACUUGCUCCAAUCGGUUCGAAACAAUCUAAAACUGUCAGGGUUAUAAACCAGCCGGGCAUUUCUCGGUAGGGUGGUAAUAAAUGGAAAUAUAGAGACACCGGAAAAAAUUCACUUCCAAGGAGAAGGCAUAGGUCGAGAAGUGAAUUCCUUAUCCACUUACUAGUGAUUCAUUUCUAAGGAAAGUUUCUUUAUUGUUUGUGAGUCGCUUAAUGUAACUUUUGGAGAUGUGCACUAAUCAUCCAAAAAAUAGAAAUCGAAGAAUAUCUAGAAUGUUAAGAAGUUAAUCCUAAAUCAAUUGUAGUAGAUAAUUUUAUUUUUACUACUUCAUGUCGAUGACUGGGGAAAUUUUGCACUCGAGAAGAGAACGAAAAAUGAAAGUCAGAAAAUGAAAACGAUAAUUAUGGAAUAGAAAAUCGCAGGCUGGCUUACAGCCACUGAAAUUGACACACCACGAAUGGAUCAGCUCUCUUGGUGGAUUCAGGAUCAGUGAGACAACGGUAAACCACCAUCGGGACGGUUGUCGUGAUGAAGAGCAGGAAAGAGACAAAAGGACGAUGUGAAGGGGACGACGGCAGCGAGAAGAAAGAUGGAACAAAGAGAAGAAGUUAAAAAGAGAGAUGGAGAGGAGCGAGAGGGAAGAUUGCAUACCUGAGUGAACAGGUGUGCCGUAGUGGACGACGAGUGAGUUGCUGUCCAACCGGCGCGACGACGGCUUGGCCAACGAGCAGUCUGUUAAGCCUCUUCGUGUGCAGGAAGAACAGGAACGUUUGGCCGAUUUCAGAAUUUGCGACCGCUUCGAAUUCCAAGGUGGAAAGUAAAAUCCCUCAGAAAUCGUUCGAGUCUGUUAACGACCCAUCUACUUUAUUUCAAAUCGAAUGACCCGGAGAUCGUAAAAUUCACGCGUGUCAAGGAUUAAGAUUGUCCUUCAUUCCUGCUUUCAUGCUUCUUUUUGGAAACGUAUCCUUAACGAAAUUCAUAUUUGGCAUGUACAUAGUAUUAAAGUAUAAUCAUUACGUACUUGUUUUAUAUUAAUACGAAUUAGGCAGUUAGCCUUGUUUCCUGAUAUUAAACGGAUAUAAAAUUGUUUGCGUUAUGCAUCAUAAUUUAUCCUCAUUGUUAUUGCUCGUAAUUAAUAUUUUCACCGAAAACAAUCGCUACUUUAAUGAUACGGUUAUCGUACGGCGGUCAAUAAAAAGAAGUCGGAAGACUGUAAUAAUAGAUAAUUAAGAGUAACUGUGGCACGACAAAUACUAUCUUUCUUAUCUGUUAUUUCUUCGAGGGGAGAAGAAGGGAUGGGAUACAAUAUACCAGGCAGCUAGUAAAGUUGUUUAAAGACGAUUAAUGGGCGAACCUUACGAGCGAAUUACACCCAUGAAUACGUGUAGGUAGCCGAGCAAUAGCCGAGUUAUUAUCUUGCUCGCUACGCCCAUCAGUGGAACGAGUUCACUCGGAGAGUUCGAUCGUUCUGCCCGAUUAACCACCAUUGUGUUCGCUCGUCCCGCGAGCAGGUGUCUCGAAGAUAGAUAUUGCUUGCACGCGACAACGUUAAGAAUUAUUGAUGAAACCGGCCGCGUUCUGCCAGUUUCGAAUCCGACUUUGUUACUUAGAAUAAUCUACUCCACAUCUAAUUUCACGUCGUACCUACGAGCAUCGAGUGAAAUAUGGUAUUUUCGCUUGUCGUACUGUAUUACAAAUCACGUAUAAUCGCUGCAUAAACUAGAUACGCGUUGCUUCCACGACAGAAUCGUUUCAGGCCGGUACUAACAUUAAACCUUAGCAUAUCCAGUGCUUUCGAAAGCAGUGGCUUUUGCAAAGCUUUCGAAAUUGGAAUUUGUAUGAUUAGUUUUAUAUAAUUUAAACUACCUGCCAUUACGCAAUUACAGAAUAUUAAUGUUUGCUUUAUGCAAGAGGAAAGUUGAUUGCGCAUUAAAAUUAGACAAUCCAACAAGGUGUGAGAGAUAAAAAUUAUUUUAAUUGUAAUACUAUGCUUAUACAAAUGCGAAUUAUAAGUAAAAAAAAUUGGUUUGAAAGAACAAUAGAUUUUCGUUCCAUUCAAGCGGUGCGGUGACUUUCUCCCUUGAGACCAAAUAUUUUUUGCUCCUCGGGUGGGUCGGAGAGGGACAGGGGGACGAAAUCUGGGCAGGAAAAGGAUAAAUCAGGUCUCCGAUUGAAAUUUAAUGAGGAACGUGGACGGGCACAGGUGUGCGCUCCAUUCCUAAACACUCGUGCCCAGCACAGUCCACCUGUACCCUCUCACACCCUUCCGCCGCGGCCGCUGCGCUGCCGGCCGGUCGCGACCGACCGCUGUUAAAAGCUACAUUCCAUUGGCCAAACAACCAGUUCUCGAAUCGGUUUCGGAUUCUCGAUGACUCAUGAAUCUUCGAUCGCACGAAACUCGCUAAGGAGUGUCGUUAUAUCGCGCGAGGAGAUGAAGAAAGCGAAAUGAACGUCCAAAUCGCUUUAUUGCACUUUGCUCAGUGAGAAUGCGAAACGCGGAUAAACGUAUCGCGUUACAAUCCGCUUCCGUGAAAGGAUAAAUCGUUUCUGCACAGCAGAUCAUAUGUAUUUUUUAUUAAAUCCGAUGGGGUGCAAAACUGAAUCAAUAGAAAUUGUCUAAACAAUCGUCAUAUCCACUUUUGCUGGAUUUAGAAUACGCAAUAUUUUAUUAUUAUUUUGUUGCAGGUACCAAUAAUAUCUGCACAACAAUAAUUACUUUAUGCAAAAUCCAUUGAUAGUCGAUUCCGAUAACUAGACCAUUUAUCAAUGUUACAAUCUGCGCUUUUCUCAAAUUUAAAUCUGUUGCGGUUUAAUCGUCGAGCGACGAGAGAUCGUCAGAUCGAGGCGACAGGCAAGGAGCAACUAUUAACUGCGUAAACCCCCGGACACGAAACCCUCGUCGCUUUUUAACCAUCGAAAUUCUCCUAUAGCGACGAAGAGGAGCGUAUAACAUAAUACUACACAGGACUGCAACGGGGAGUCUACCAUCGGGCCGAGACUCGAGACAGAGGCUGCUCCAGCAGGCGAGCAAGCAAGUGCCAGUUGCUCGGCGGCAGUUGCCACGGCUGGACAUACAUUUGCGUCCUUUCGUGGUGGUCUCCGUUUGCACGAGCCCUACCCUUGUCUCGUCGAGGUUCGUUGAGAAAAAAAUAAAACACCGGCGGGGUAUUCGGGUCGGGAAGAGCGGGAAAAGGAGAGUGAAAGGUAGAAGUAUAUCGCGUACUCGCGAAAUCGCGUACGUACAUUUAUUUCGACGGAAAAGAGAAGAGAAAUCAUGAAAAGGAGGAUGCUAUGGGCCAGGAACAGUGAAUGCGUGUGAGUGGCGUGUGUGUUACGUGCGUGUCGGAUCAGUGGCUUCGGUCCUGCGACCCUCGAGGACGUACCACCAGCCGAGGACACGAUGAUGAUCCCGGUGAUACGCGCUGCCGUUCUUCUAUCCGUCUUCGUUCAUCUCGACGCAGCCGUGAACACCAUUACUUUGGCAAAGGAGGAGUGUAGGAAAAAGAUAGCAGAGUGCACAAUGAGUGAGGGUGCGAGCACACCGGUAUGCGGGAGCGACGGUGUUACGUAUUCGAGUCAGUGUCGGGUCAUUUCGAAGCAGUGUCAAGGCAUGUCUAUUCUUAUCAAACACACUGGCCCUUGUCCAGAGACACCGGCUUGUUUCUCCGCGAGAUUGACCGCCAGGCCUGGUGCGCGCCCAGUCUGUCGUCCGGACGGCACUUACGCACCGGUGCAAUGUCAUGAGGAAACCGGGUACUGUUGGUGCGUGACGCCGCAGGGCAGACCGCUUCCCGACACCUCGGUAAGAAACGAAAGACCAAGAUGUGUGAAAAAACCUGGUCCGAGAUCUGCUGCUUCCACCAGGAGCGGCCAAAGGAGGCGCUCACCGAACUGGAAGCAGCGGAGGCAAUAUAGCAACAAGCAUAGGAACACGUGCGAUCGGGCGGAGAAGUCCAAGUUCAACGGGAAUCUCAUAGAAAAUUUCAAGAUCGAAUACAGGCGGACAAACAUCUCCGCUGACGGCGACAAAAAUGUGGAACGAGUAUUGUCAUGGAAAUUCUUAACGUUGGACAAGAACGGCGAUGGCUAUCUGGACAGGGCUGAAUAUAAGGAGCUGAGGAGGCUGGCGAAGAAGGCGGUAAGACCGAAGAAAUGUGCUCGCACGUUCGCCCGCACGUGCGACCUAAAUCGGGAUUUGAGACUCUCCAGGCAAGAAUGGGGUGCCUGCCUUGCGAACGACUUCACUCUACGUUUGUUCUUGUCGCUGAACCCUGCAGACGAGCGUCCCGAGGUCCCUGAGGCCCAGAGGACUCGGGUCAUGGACCAAGUAUUGAAAGGCAAUCUGGCUCCAGUGCAUUCCCGACCAACAUUCAACGACGAUCCAAUCGAUACGAAAGAAGAUAGCGAUGCAAACGAUUGUUUGACGGACAGACGAUCCGUGUUAGAAGACGUCAGGCAAAACUCCCAGGAGAAGUUUUACGUGCCUGAAUGCACACCGGAUGGAAGAUAUAAUCGGGUACAGUGUUACUCUGGUUAUUGUUGGUGUGUAUAUCAAGAUACUGGGAAACCAAUCCCUGGAACUUCUUCCAAAGAUCGUACCCCAAACUGCAAUCCAGUGCCCACUCCCAGCAGACCUAUGAAAGGUUGUCCUGAACAAAAGAAACAAUUGUUUCUGCGAGAUUUGAUGGAUUUAAUGCACAAAAAGAUGAAGGCUUCCGGCACGGACUCGGAUGAGACGACAGCUAAGUGGCAAGCAUCGAAAGAAGAACAAAUAGCCACUUGGCAUUUCGUCAUGCUUGACAAGAACAAAAAUAAGGUUCUAGAAAAAAAAGAAUGGAAAAACUUCCGCACGAUGGUUGCGAAUAAUAGGCAACUUCAAAGGUGCGGUAAGAGACUUCCUAGGUACUGUGAUAUCAACAAUGAUAGGAAGAUCAGUAUGACAGAAUGGUUCAGCUGUUUAAAUGCUCAGCGACCAACAACAUCUGAGAGCACGGAAAAAGUGUCUACGAGUAAACCGAAGAGAAUGGGUCCCAAUCCACUGGAUCAGUUUCUUAAGAAUGACGACGAUUAGGAUAUAUAUGUAUAUGUGAUAUGAAUGUGUGUUCGUCAUUUCUGCAGUGAUCAUUCAUCUAGCACGCGAAGCGCGACACAGGCAAUGGGACUUUAAAGAAAAUGCGAGCCGAUUUCUGUGUUAGAAGAAUUCUAUAUUUGUAUUUUUAUAUCCGGUGAUAAACACCGCUGUCACAUCACUUUAAUUUUAAUAUGAAUCAUAUAUUAUUUAUCUGUAUCACACAGAUAUUAAUAAUUCAAUAGCGUAUUGAAGCAUAAUAACUAUAUAGUUUUAAGAACGACAAGUAACAAAGUAUUACGGGCAUAAUAAUCAUGUACAUAUUUCUUUUUAACUUCGCGUUCUUAAGCGUUAGAUGCGAUACUGCUUCCUCAUGACAAUGAUAAUACAAUUACAAAUAACGAAAUCGAUUAUUGAACAAGUUAAACUCGCUAAUUGUAUCUCGCUUGUUUGUUGCAUGAGUAUUGCACGAAAUUAUCAAAUUUAGGCUUUAAAAUUCUUUUGAUAAAUUUUAACUGUAUGACGUAAUCAACUUGAAGAUCAUUGUAAAGCUAAAAUUUGUGCGUUGAAAUAAAUCUGGUUUUGUCAUGUUAUACGUAUUAGCUGAGCUGCUUCUCAGAGCUGUAGUUAAUGUUUCGUUUUCAUUACCGUUUUUAUUAAUUUCAUACAUUUACAGGCAUACUAGUUACCAUCUUUUACAGUUUCAUAAUGUGUUUGUGUACAUACAUAUAAAUUUCAACGAAAUAGUGCAAAAGAUCGCUGUAUAACAAUUGUAAAAUUAAAUUAAAAUAAAAAUGUAUAUAAAAUUUC